AUGUCAACCCACUAUCCGGGCGGUUCAACACUGUCAACUUCCUACCGGGCGGUUCAACACUGUCAACCUCCUACUGGGCGGUUCAACACUGUCAACCCACUAUCCGGGCGGUUCAACACUGACAACUUCCUACUGGGCGGUUCAACAAUGUCAACCCACUAUCCGGGCGGUUCAACACUGUCAACCUCCUACUGGGCGGUUCAACACUGUCAACCCACUAUCCGGGCGGUUCAACACUGUCAACCUCCUACUGGGCGGUUCAACACUAUCAACCCACUAUCCGGGCGGUUCAACACUAUCAACCCACUUCCCGGGCGGUUCAACACUAUCAACCCACUUCGCGGGCGUUUCAACACUGAUAACCUCCUACUGAGCGGUUCAACACCAUCAACCCACUUCCCGGGCGGUUCAACACUAUCAUCCCACUUCGCGGGCGUUUCAACACUGAUAACCUCCUACUGGGCGGUUCAACACCAUCAACCCACUAUCCGGGCGGUUCAACACUAUCAACCCACUUCCCGGGCGGUUCAACACCAUCAACCCACUAUCCGGGCGCGGUUCAACAAUGUCAACCACCUUGUGGGCGGUUCAACACUAUCAACCCACUAUGCGGGCGGUUCAACACUAUUAACCCACUUCACGGGCGGCUCAACACUGACAACCUCCUACUGGGCGGUUCAACACUGUCAACCUCCUACUGGGCGGUUCAACACUGACAACCCACUAUCCAGGCGGUAUAACACUGUCAACCUACUAUCCGGGCGGUUCAACACUGUCAACCUAGCUCCCGGGAGGUGCGACACUGACAACCGACCUACAGGGUGGUUCAACACUGUCAACCCACCUCCCGGUUGGUUCAACACUGUCAACCCACCUCCCGGGUGGUUUAACACUGUCAACCCACCUCCCGGUUGGUUCAACACUGUCAACCCACCUCCCGGGUGGUUUAACACUGUCAACCCACCUCCCGGUUGGUUCAACACUGUCAACCCACCUCCCGGGUGGGUUAACACUGUCAACCCACCUCCCGGUUGGUUCAACACUGUCAACCCACUAUCCGGGCGGUUCAACACUGUCAACCUACCUCAAGGGCUGUGCAACACUUUCAACCUAACUUCAGGGCGGUUUAACAUUGUCAACCAACUUCCCGGGCGGUUCAACACUAUCAACCUACUUCACGGGCGGUUCAACACUGACAUCCUCUUACUGGGCAGUUCAACACUGUCAACCUACCUUCCGGGCGGUUUAACACUGUCAACUUCAUACUGGGCGGUUCAACACUAUCAACCUCUUACUGGGCGGUUCAACACUGUCAACCUACUAUCCGGGCGGUUCAACACUGACAACCCACUAUCCGGGCGGUUCAACACUGACAACCUCCUACUGGGCGGUUCAACACUGUCAACCCACUAUCCGGGCGGUUCAACACUGACAACCCACUAUCCGGGCGGUUCAACACUGACAACCCACUAUCCGGGCGGUUCAACACUGUCAACCUCCUACUGGGCGGUUCAACACUGUCAACCCUCCUCCCGGGUGGUACAACACUGUCAACCUCCUACUGGGUGGUUCAACACUGUCAACCUACUAUCCGGGCGGUUCAACACUGACAACCCACUUCCCGGGUGGUUCAACACCGUCAACUUACUAUCCGGGCGGUUCAACACUGUCAACCCUCCUUCCGGGUGGUACAACACUGUCAACCUCCUACUGGGCGGUUCAACACUGACAACCCACUAUCCGGGUGGUUCAACACUGUCAACCCACUUCCCGGGCGGUUCAACACUGUCAACCCACCUCCCGGGCGGUUCAACACUGUCAACCCACUUCCCGGGCGGUUCAACACUGUCAACCCUCCUCCCGGGCGGUUCAACACUGUCAACCCACUUCCCGGGCAGUUCAACACUGACAACCUCCUACUGGGCGGUUCAACACUGUCAACCCUCCUCCCUGGUGGUACAACACUGUCAACCUCCUACUGGGCGGUUCAACACUGUCAACCCACUUCCCGGGUGGUUCAACACUGUCAACCCACUAUCCGGGUGGUUCCACACUGUCAACCUCCUACUGGGCGGUUCAACACUGUCAACCCACUAUCCGGGCGGUUCAACACUGACAACCUCCUACUGGGCGGUUCAACACUGUCAACCUCCUACUGGGCGGUUCAACACUGUCAACCCACUUCCCGGGUGGUUCAACACUGUCAACCCACUAUCCGGGCGGUUCAACACUGACAACCCACUAUCCGGGCGGUUCAACACUGACAACCCACUAUCCGGGCGGUUCAACACUGACAACCCACUAUCCGGGUGA